CAAGAAAGCAAUAUACCUUUCUUCAAAUAUUUCUCUUUUUUUUUUUUCUAUUUUUAACAUGGUAUUAGAGCAAUAAGCUUUUGGUUCUUUUCUCUUAUCAUCAUUGUUUGGUUUUUUUUGGAGUUGGAUUUUCAAAUUCAUUUCAGAUUUGAAACUUUGUCACUGAGAUCUCUUCUCCUACAGAUUGGAUUGUUGAUCCUCGAUUCUCAAGCCCUUUCUGAGUAUCGUAACUCAUCUUGCUACUACUAUGGUUGCCAAAGAAGUGAUAGAUCAACCUAAUGUCAAUCUUGAAUCCCUAAAACAGGACCCACGAACAGGAAAACUUCUCGAAACUGGUUGCAAGGUGGGGCGUUUGUUUGAGCUCAACUAUUUGCAUAUUCUUGAUAAUAAAAUGGAUACACCAUCAUUUCCAAAUGAUCGAUUCAUCCAAACCCUACUUUGUGUUGUUGAAUUAAAGUCUUUUCAAAUUCCAUAUCAACAAAUCUUCCAAGCCUAUGUUGAAGCAAGUUCAUAUGAUAUAGCUCUAUUCAUUUGUAAGACUACUCAGGAUAUGGUUCUUUUACUUCUUUAUGUUGACGACAUGAUUAUUACUAGAGAUGAUGUCGCAAGUGUUGAGGAACUAAAACAAUCUCUUAGUCAAAAAUUUGAGAUGAAAGAUCUUGGUGGUCUAAGCUAUUUUCUGGGGCUUGAAGUCAUCUCUUCAGAUGAUGGCUACCUGCUUUCUCAAGUAAAGUAUGCCUCCGAUCUUGUUUCUAAAACUGAACUUAAUGAUAGUAAGAGUGUUUCUACACCUCUUGAACCUAAUGUCAAGCUUACUUUUAUGGAUGGCUCUCCACUUUUUGAUCCUACUCGCUAUUGGCAAUUAGUUGGUAGUUUGGUUUAUCUUACCACGACACACCCUGACAUAGCAUAUGCAGUUCACAUGGUUAGUCAGUUUAUGGCUGCUCCUUGCUCCACUCAUUAUGUAGCGGUACUUCUCAUUAUUCGCUAUGUUAAGGGAAUAUUGUUUCAUGGACUCCAUUUUUCUGCUAACUUCUCCCCUGUGCUUCGCGCUUAUUUUGAUGCUGAUUGGGCUGGUGAUCCUUCUGAUCACAAAUCUACUACCGGUUACUGUCUUUUCCUUUGUAAUCCUCUUAUCUCUUAGCGGAGUAAGAAACAAACUAUUUGAUCUCGUUCUAGUACUAAAGUUGAGAAUAGAACUCUUGGUGAUACUACAUUAGAACUUCUUUCAUUACGAUGGCUUCUUGAAGAUAGGGCAUUCGUCAGCCUUCUUCUACUGAUUUAUAUUGUGAUAAUUAAAGUGUUAUAUAGAUU